UUAGUACAACAGCACCAAUGUGGUUCCUGUUUAUGUGAGGAUAGACCAACACCACGGCAGGCCAUGACGACGCAAAGGUCCAUCCCUGCGCUCCUUAACAGGGCAGCGCUGUGCCUCUUUUGGUGUGUGACGCUCUCCUGGUUGGCUUCUGGGGUCCUGGUGUGUAACUACAGCCCUCUGAUGUACAAACGAAAGCCCUCCAUCAACGUCACCACAGAGUGCCUUUCUACCCAGCGCUGCUUCACAGGCAAGGGGUAUUAUGGCCCUCUCCAUAUCUUCUCCUCGCAGGGCUGUGUGGCGGCGCACCUCUGCGGCUCGUCCGAAAUUCGACAGCACCGUCUUAUCGGCGUUAACCUCACCUACACCUGUUGCUGUCGAUACCGCUGCAACGAGCCCCCCACGCCUGAAAGCGCACUCGAGAGGCUGCUGGGCCUGGACCCGGAGGCAACCGCCAACAUCACCACCACCACCCCCGACCCUCUGGAUCUCUGUCCCGAAAACUCCACCUCUCUGGCUUUAGAUGGUGUUUAAGAUGGUGGUCUAGACUUUUUCGUACAUAUGGCAUGACAUGGGGAAAGUGGUCAUUUAUCACUGUCAUCUUUCCCCAUGUCCAGAAAAGACUGGAAAAGGACUGAAUAAUAAUAAUCGUCAAAUGUGUGUGUGGGAGAAAAAGAGUAAUUGUAAGUGGGGAAUAAAUGAAGGUAUGUCAUUCUCUGCAGCAUGGGAACUAGAGAGAGCAUCAGGCAUGCGGCUCUCUUAGGCCCUCUCAACAUGUUCAGCAGCCAUCAACUAUAAACCCUGCUAUUAAAAAUAAUGUUUGAAUCUAA